AUAUCUGACGCUGAGAAAAGCGUCUGUAGCGGCCCCGAACUGUGCAUCUUACGGGAUAAUGUGUUAUGGCGGUUCCUAUCUUGAGGUGGCAACGAAUCACAAAUUCUGCAGGGCCUCAACCUCGGCCGCGGCAUGGUCACAGGGCAGUGGCGAUUAAAGAUUUGAUGGUGGUCUUCGGAGGAGGCAAUGAAGGCAUAGUAGAUGAGCUGCAUGUAUUCAAUACAGCUACAAACCAGUGGUUUGUACCAGCAACAAAAGGAGAAGUACCACCAGGAUGUGCAGCAUACGGGUUUGUUGUAGAUGGCACUCGAAUACUCGUCUUUGGGGGCAUGGUCGAAUAUGGAAAAUACAGCAAUGAACUGUAUGAAUUACAAGCUAGCAGAUGGGAGUGGCGGAGGUUACGACCCCGCCCUCCGCGGAAUGGACACCCACCGUGCCCCAGACUUGGACAUAGUUUCACUCUCACCAACAGUAAGGUCUUCCUGUUUGGAGGCUUGGCAAAUGAGAGUGAUGAUCCGAAAAACAACAUACCAAGGUAUCUGAAUGAUCUUUAUACUCUGGAUUUGAAGACUAGUACCACUGCUUGGGACAUUCCACAAACAAAGGGUACACCACCAUCUCCAAGAGAGUCUCACACAGCAGUGGCAUACACACAGAAAGCCACUGAAGUAACUCGUAUUGUCAUUUAUGGUGGAAUGAGUGGUUGUCGUCUAGGGGACCUUUGGUUUUUGGAUUGUGAUACUUUCUCAUGGACGAGACCUGUAUUGAGAGGAGUCCCGCCCUUACCACGUUCAUUGCAUACAGCGACUUUAAUAGGUGAAAGGAUGUUUAUAUUUGGAGGUUGGGUGCCACUAGUUGUUGACGAUGUGAAAGCAGCAACGUUGGAGAAAGAAUGGAAGUGCACAAAUUCAUUAGCAUCCUUAAACCUAGAAACUCUCACAUGGGAGCAACUUGUAAUAGACACAAGUGAGGAAUAUAUGCCUCGUGCUCGUGCAGGACACUGUUCUGCAGGAAUCCACACGAGGUUGUAUGUGUGGUCUGGUAGGGAUGGAUAUAGGAAGGCGUGGAACAACCAGGUAUGCUGCAAAGACCUGUGGUACCUGGAGGUUCUGCAUCCAAUGCAGCCUCAUAAAGUUCAGUUGGUUAGAGCCCAAACUGAAGAACUCGAACUAUGUUGGCCAGCAGUUCCCACUGCAGAAGCUUAUCGUAUACAGCUACAUAGAUAUGAAAUGCCACCAAAUUGGAGUAUGCCAUCAUAUCCCCCAGUACCGGUCAGGUCUCCACCACAACCUGUUCCUUCACCAACAAAGAGCCCUCCAUCUCAGGUUGAGAAAACAUCUCCACAAAAAGAUAAUACUUCAUGCAAAUCUGCUGCUAUUCUUAGCACCCCUGUAAUGUCCCCACCAUUGAACAUUCCACAGGAGAAAUCACUGAGUGCAGAACUGGAGGAUGCUGAUGCAGACUUGUUGUCCUUGCAGAAUAUUAUUGAACCUUUGCCAUCAACUAAAAUAACACCACCUGCAUUACCUACCUCCACAGUUCCAACAGCUGUUACUGGCAUAACGCCAGCAAAUCAAAUGAAACCUCAAGUCGGUGUUAUUGCCACUCCUACCACAAAAUCUUCCUUGGCUUCAAUGUUAGCAGGAAUUAAAUUGCCAUUGUCUUCCAGUAACAUGCCUGAUCUGGUACCUAACACCACUGCAGUGACUACACCUACUACCACAACUGUCUCUACUCUACCCACCCUGCCAGUGCUAACUUCCCCCAUUACCUCUCCCAAAAUGACUGUACUUACGACAGUGUCAUCACCCACAAGAAUUGCACCACAGCCACAGAAUGGUACAAGGGUUGCAACUGUUGCGUCACCAGCUCGCAGCAUUAUUCCUGUGGUUCAACAGUAUUCACCUGGAAUUAGAGCAUCUCCACAGGCGACGUUACUUAGAGGGGUUUCUCCAGCGCAAGGAAAGCAAAUAAUUUUACAGAAGUCAGCCAAUUCCACUGGAUCAAACCUAGUAACAUUUGUGAAAACAAGCCAAGGAGUCACUGUUGCGAUGCCAAAAACUUCGGUGGUGCAAGCAAAACCGGGAACAGCAGGUCAAGUAACAGCAAUUCAAACUGGGCAGAAAACAAUCCCAGCUGCUACAAUUGUAAAGCUUCUGAGUGGAAAUCAAGGCACAGGUGUUCAGAUACCACAAAUAAAGGGUGUGCCAUCAAACAUAAUGGUCACAAAAGCUCCAGGUCCUGGAGGAAAGCAAACAAUUGUUAUUACGAAACCAGGUUUGUCACCUGCUGGACCGACAGCAGUUGGUGUCCGACCUGCAACUGGACAACAGUUUAUUGUUGUUACGACAUCACCUGGGAUCCGCACCGUGCAGUCAGUUACAUCAUCGCAAGCGGGAAAUGCUACAGCUGGGGUCAUAUCACCUAAUGUAAAUUCACUCACAGCACCUAAUGCAGGAGCCAUGAAGAUGAUUGUCGUUUCAUCAGCUUCUGUGCCUGGAGGAAAUGUUGGCAAGCCAAUAACCAUAACAGUCCCAGGUGGUCAAGGAGGCAGACCAAAGACUGUUACUAUUGCAGCAAGACCUAGUGGUCAGGCAGUGAUAGGCUCUGUUCCUGCUACAGGGCAGAUUAUAAGCUCAGUUCAGCCCUCACAAACUCGCAUUGUGUCUACACAGCCUGCACUAACACUGGGUGCAAAACCAGUGACAAUGCAGCUAACUACAGCAGAUGGAGGACAGAAGAUGUUGACAUUACUGCCCAACAGUGGAACUACAAUGCCACUUGUAGCAGGAGCUGAGAAUAUGAGUUUAGGUAGCAGUUCAGCAGAGCUUGUGGCGGCCCUAGGUCAGACAGUCAGUACAUCUGCUGCUGCUACCCGCCAGCUACAGCCCACCUCGACAAUAGCUUCGAGUGAAGGACCUGCUACUACAGAUGCUGCACUGGCUGCUUUGGCCGCAGAAGCUGGACUCCUUGACCCACCUUUAGAAAACUUGUCACCAGCUUUUCUUCAAAAAGAACUUGAGGGUGACGGGAGUGAAAUGUCACCAAAUUUAACAGGUGAUGAGCUCCAGUUUCCAACCUCCCAAGACAACUACAGAAGUGAUGGUGUAAGAAUGAACAGUACAAACAGUGACAAAUUAGUUAUCGACGAAAAUCUGGACAGCGGAAGUACGACGGGUGCUGACAGUGAUAUUGCCAAAGCUGCUUCAGAACUGAUGCAACUUAGUAAUCCAGAAGUUUGUAGCUUGGCAGAUGAACUUAGAUCUAUUAAGGAAAGUCAUUCGUCUGGCCUCGGUGAAAGUGCAGAUUGCAGCCUAAAUGAUGUUUUACAAUCGUGUACUGAUGGAAAUUUACAUGCAGAAAUGUCAGGUCACUCUCCAAUAAGUGCAAUGAAGUUCCAAAGUGAGCCCUCCAUAGAAGACCCUACAAAGGGAACAGACAUUGAUAACAGUGCUAUUAGUGCAGCGCAAGGAGAAAGCAGUUUGGGAAACAAAUCUGGACUUACAGAAAACAGAGAUUCAGAAUUCAAUUUGCGUGAGACUGACAGCAGUGCAAGCUCUCUGCCACUGAUGAAGACAGGUGAAAUGGAGUCUGAUGCUCUGUCCACAUUAGCAUCUGCAGCACUGGGCUGCAAGCAGGCACCGACGAAUGGAGCGCCUGUUCAACCUGCGGAGCAGAAGGGCCCUGUGGUCACACAACUGCCAGGAGCACCAUCAGCUAUAAAAAUUUUAAAGGUAAAUGAUGGUGUUAAUCUGUCUUGGGACCCUCCACCAAAUGAAGUCAUUAUAGAGUAUUCUGUAUAUCUUGCAGUACGCAGUGCCACUUCUCAAGUACGGGGAGAAAAUAAAACUGUCUUGAGUACAUCCACCCAGUUAGCUUUUAUGAGAGUCUAUUGUGGACCUAACAGUAACUGCAGGAUAGAACCUCAUCAAAUUGCUGAAGCUCACAUUGAUAAAAACACAAAGCCUGCCAUUAUAUUCAGAAUAGCUGCUCGAAAUGAGAGGGGAUACGGACCAGCUACACAAGUGAGGUGGCUUCAAGAUACAACACCACAAACCAAACCAGCCAUUCUAAAACGACAGGCAGCAAUAAAACCAUCGACUGCCACAGCAGGUAAUCCAGCAAAAAGGAGAAAACCAGAAGACCAGUCUUGAAAAUGCCAUUUGUUUGGAGAGUUGUGGAACACUUGUGCAAAUAGCUCUAAGUCGAACCAGAAAUAAAUUCCAGAAACAAUUUGUGAUGGUAUCUAGACUCGUCAUUUCAGUUACAUCAUCUUAAUUUGUGUGAAGCUUGGUUGAUAAAUUCAAGCAUUCUGCAAAUUUGUGUUUUGUCCAAAGUUUCUGCAGCUGUCUUGAUUAUCUUUGUGGAAAUGUGUUAUUUCUUACACCAAGGAAGUACAGUAGUGUUACAAUCUUUCUCUGCACACUGGAGCAUAUAGAGCUUCAGCAUUUUGUAAAUAAUUUAUUAAUUUUGUGUCAAAGAAAUAUCUAUAUUCUUAUUAAAUGUUCAACAUAAAGCACUUUAUCUGAAUAUGAUAAAAUGUUUUAUUCCAAAGGUUAUAAAAUGCUGAAGUACAUUUUAAAUUGUAUUUGAAUUAAUAUUCAUGUAUGUCUAAUUGACCAAGAUGUGGACAUAUAUGUGUGUAGUAAAGGCUGAAUUAUUCAUGAACAACAUUUCUGCCCCUACAUUUAUUAAAGUGUUAAUUUAGACCUUUUGUGAGGCAUUGAAUUCAGUAUAUUGGAGAGCAGUGGGAAUCCUUACAGGAAUAUAUUCACCCACCUUCCAUCAUCUUGUAAUGCUGAUCUCUCUCUUGCCCCUAUAUAUUUUAUGUAGUGUCCCUAGAGGUGUCAGAAAAGUGUACAUGCAAAUAAACGUAAGAAUGCGGAAUAAUUUUGCUGUAAUGAUUUUGCAUAUAUGUAGAAACUGCUUUUAAUUUUAGUUUGUAACAAGAAUUUUACACAAACUAUACCAUCAUAAUUUUAAUAUGAACAUUUUCUUUGAUUAGAUGUUUGUAUGAGAAUAUUUGAAAACAAAAAAGCAGUACAAACUGAACUCGCUGCUGUUUUUAUGUUACUUGGCAAAGCCAAAUGUAGAAGAGGCAGUUAGAGGAUUUGUGCUUCAUCUCGACACAGUGUAGCCAUAUGGCUUGCUGUUAUUUGUAGUUUUGGCAUCACACAUGUUAAAAGAAAUGUUUACAGGAGCAGCACAAGGUGGAUGAAGAUUCUGUGGAAACAUGAUAUUUUUGUGUAAAGACGAAGUUUUCACUCGCGCUCAGCUGACCAAUUGCAAUUUUAUUUUAAGGUUUCCAGAGUAGAUAAAUCGUGAAAUGUAAAGAACAGAACAUGGGUAACAAACUGAACUGUUACAAUAGAACACAUUGGAAUUGAAACAAAAAGUGCAUUCACACAUUACUCAAUGAAUCAGUGCUAACAAAGCUGCAGUAUGCUGUACUAGCCAGAAUUCAAAUUUUAUGGCUUGUCCUGUAUAUUUGAUGCAUAAGUGAUAAAAUACAUGGCAACCAGCCCCACUUUAAUUGAAACACUCUCUCUCUCUCUCUCUCUCUCUCUCUCUCUCUCUCUCUCUCUCUCUCUCUCUCUCUCUCUCACACACACACACACACACACACACACACACACACACACACACACACACACACACACACACACACACACACACACACACAGAGAGAGAGAGAGAGAGAGAGAGAGAGAGAGAGAGAGAGAGAGAGAGAGAAAGUGCUUGAACUUAUUUUCAGCUAGUUUAUAAUAUGAAAGAAGGAAAGUGUUUAAUUAUUUAUAAAAAGUGCUCAUAUAUUUUUGUAGUGAUUCUGUACUCUCAUAGUUACAAAUGGUACAUAAAAUAUUACAUGAAAAAUUACAUUAAAAUCUGAGGUGAGCUUUAUCAUCUGUACUAACUGAAAGGAACGUAUUAUAUCAUGGCUUUAGACUUUGCACCCAAGUUGAUAGUGUCAUUUUUCGCAAUAUUUUAACAGUUUUUCCAUCUGUAUUUUUUACUGUGCUGAGGAAAGACCUCAAUUUUUGCUGUAAGGACUCCAAACUGUAAACUGGGAAAGCUGUGCACUGCCGUGAUUGUUUCUGAUGCUGACAGUAGUGUGUCAUUGAAAGUGUGCUCCCCUGGUGUUCUUUGUAUUAAAUUCAUACAAUUUCUGCACAUAUACCAAGCAAGACAGCACAGUGAUUAUGACACUGGACUUUGAAUCCCCCAUCCCCACACUCUGCUAAAAAAAUCAAAUACUUCUCUGGCCAUCCAGAUUAGGUUUUACAUGGUUUCCCUAAAUUGCCUAAGGUAACAGAAGGUUUUUGCUAGGACUUUAUUAAUUUUUGACCAAGUCUGAGCUUGUGUUCCAUACCUAAUUACCUCUUUCAUCAAAGGAAUGUUAAAUCCUUCCAAAAGAUCUAAACAUAUUGAAUGCCUUCAUUGGCAUAGUAAUCUCAAUUGUCUCUUUUAUUACACUGUCCUAAAAGUUCAGUGUUGGCACUAAGAUGCUAGUAUCAAGUUUAAUUAGCUGUUUGAAUCAGGUGUAAUACUUUUUGUCAUUAUAUCUUCCUGAUACAGUUUUAUAAUUUGUCAAACCUGCAUGUGGCACUUGUGUGAUAUGCAGUAUAAUUCAGAUAUUAAAGGCUUAGAUCAUAUUUAACAAAGCGUAACUGACCUGUUUUGUAAAAGAGUCCAAUAUAGUCAGGAAACCAAGUUUUUCAUUUAUUCUCUUCUUUUCAGGCCUCCAAAAACAGAGUAUGUUCUGUGUACCUUAUGACUGUAGGAUGUUGUAUGCUGAAUAGACUGUAAGACAUGUUAAAUGAAGAUGUGAACACAUGCAACAUCUCAGUAAAUUUGCUAUUGCUGAGAAUUGCCUCGCAUUUGAGUUGAAAUGAUCUCAGUAUUGUGGUGCAGGUUCUGUGCUUCUGGGACAUUGAAGUAAAGGAGACAAGCAAAAUUAUUGUUGGUUGUAUUGGAAAAUUUAAUUAAAGCCUGAAAUCCAGUACUCAUUGUGCUUGAAUCUUGUCAGAAAUCAUUUAAAUCCGAUUCAGAAAUGUGCCUGCAGCAGCUUCAGAACACUCUAGUCAGUGUUGGGAAACAAUUGCUGCAUAAAAUGCUGCACACAGUAUGUCCAAGUUAUAAUUUGGAGUUCAAGCAGCAAACAACAGCGAUAUUUAUGUCAGUGUAGAAAAUGAUUGCCCAGGAACUGCCUAUGGAAUAUCAUGAACAAUAGAGGAAACAGAUGGUCCAUUUCUAUUCUUCUAACUACUGUACCUGGCAGUCUUCCAGUGUUUGUGUAAUUGAAUAGAAGUUUACAGCAUCCACUUGAAUCUAUAGUAGAGUGUAUGAGGUGUCUGUCCUAGUCUCUUUUUUCAACACAGUGAUGAAGCUACUCUGGUUUUAUCUUCAGUUCAAGUUAGAUUAUGAUGAUGAUGAUGAUGAUGAUGAUCUUUAUCAAUAAAAAAUGAAGGUGUUAAAUGACACUGGGGCAUUGUAGACCAACCAUUAUAGUCCUUCACAAGCUAUUAAGUGGGAUGGGAAUUAAUUUUAUUCCAGAAAAAAGUGUGGAAACUGUGUUGUAGAACUAACAAUGCUUUUGUUGUAGUAGUGGAGAGGCAAAGCAUUAAAUGGACAAGGUAGAUAUGUGGGUGAGAUGUGGCAAGCUUCAGAAAAUACCAGACACCUCAGUGCAGUAUAUUGUGUAAACACCACAUGUAAGCUCUCUUACUGAUGCAUGCAAAGAAAUGCAGAGAUACAGUGGAUACAUAAUCCUUAUUGGUGUUCUACAUACACAUUCUGCAUUUGGUAAUCUAGUGUUUCUUCUGUCACCAUUGACUGAUUAUGCACAUCAGACCAACAGUUGCCAGAGCAUACUUAUUGCAAACCUGCAGUUUGAGUAUGUAAUUGUUCUGUAAUGGUAUCACAACAAUAAAAUAGUAAUAAGAAAAAAUUGUCCUGGCUGCUUUAAACGUAAUCACUCAGCAUGCCGUUCAGCAGAGUAACAGGGAUAAGAAAUUGAUGUCACCUUCAGGGUAAUGGGACUCCAUCAUCAUUUUUCCACACGGGACUUAAAUUACAUAAAUAGCAAUUAAGUAACGAAGUGCAAUACUUUGAAUAUGACUGAAAUUAGUAGUAUGACUAAGUUUUACUACAUCCAAGACUUCAUUUGGCUUUGACGAGUAAUACUUUAGAGAGAGUGUGGCUCUUGUUAUAGUCUCAUUGUGAGGCAGGAGAGGAAACAUUCUGUUUUUAAAAACAUUGACAACUACAAUGUUUAAUAAUGGCUGUUAAAGUAUUGUAAAGCUCGUAAGAUGUGUGUAAUAAGAAAAUAAGCCGUGCAUCUUUCUAGUGUGUUAGUGCUAGCUAGUGGCCCAAAUAAGAUGGCUGCAUGUGCAACAAUGUUUAAAUGGUGUUGUUGUGUGUCUAAAUCCUCCUCAUCACAGCACAAAGACUUUAGAUAUAUUUAUUUAAUAUUUGGUCCCUUUGUUGGUGCAUGUUCUAUGUACAUUUUUUGGUUACUGUGUAAUUUUGUUAACAUAUUUAUGAUUGUAUUGUGGUGUCAUUAUACUCACUGACUCUUCAGAGUCAAUUUGGACUGAAACUGAAGUAGUAUGCUGACACUGAGCCACAGAUUUUAAUGUAUAUGACAGAGAAGAACAUAUUGUAAUGUAUAUGACUCCUUAAAUAUUAA